CCCCCCACCCAUAGCACUUCAUGUCUUCUUCCCUUUUCUAUUCUUUUAAAGAAGGUCCUCCCUCCAUACUCCAUAGUCCAUAAUUCAGGAAUAAGAAAUCAUCAAACUAUUGCAAAUUUGAGGCAGACCGUCUCCAUCCCAUUCAUGUAUAACACAUGGCUCCCAUUACUGAUAUCCAAUACUAUUGCUUCCUCUUCUGCAUUUUGCUCGUUUCAACUCUUCUCUUUCGAUCCUAUGCAAAGAAGCCAACAAACCCAAGCACCUUUCCCCCUAGUCCUCCCUCCCUACCAAUAGUAGGACAUCUCCAUCUCAUCGGACCCUUACUGCACAAAUCCUUCCAAAGCUUAUCCAGACAAUAUGGACCUCUCAUUAGUUUGCGUUUGGGUUUUUCUCCCUGCAUCGUUUUGUCCUCGGCUGCCUUGGCCAUGGAAGUCUUCAGGACCCAUGACCUCAUUUUUGCAUUUCGCCCAGAAUUCGCUUCCACCCAAUUCAACAUAUACAAUGGUUCUAAUUUCUUCACUGCACCAUACGGCACUUAUUGGCGGUUUAUGAAGAAACUCUGCAUGACAGAGCUCCUUGCAGACAGGCAACUUGCUGGGUUCGUGGGUGUAAAGCAAGAGGAGAUCCGACACUUCCUGCGGAGACUUCUGGAGAGCUCUGAAAGUGGAAAGCCAGUUGAUGUGGGCGCUGAGCUCACAAGACUGACAAACAACAUCAUAUGCAGAAUGGCAAUGACCACAAGGUGCUCAGGGAGCACUUACGAGUCUGAAGAGGUUAGAAAAUUGGGUGAUGAGAUUGCAAAGUUAGGAGGGAAACUUGGCCUGGGGGAGAUCCUGGGUCCCUUGGGAAAAUUAGACCCAUUCGGGUAUGGGAAGAAGUUAAGAAAUUUGAUUGUCCAGUUUGAUGAACUGUUGGAGAAGGUUUUGAGGGAACAUGAGAAUGAUGGUGCAGAGGGUACUAAUGAAGGAAAAGACUUAGUUGAUAUUCUCUUGAAGACAUCUAAAGAUGAGAAAGCUGAGUAUAAGUUGACGAGAACCAAUAUCAAAGCCUUCCUCCUUGAUAUUUUUGCUGGGGGAACUGAUACUUCAGCCAAAGCCAUGCAGUGGACACUGGCCAUGCUCAUAAACCACCCUGACAUACUCAGGAAGGUCAGAGCGGAGAUAGAGUUUACAGUUGGAGAAACAAGAUUAGUCGAAGAAUCAGACAUCCACAAUCUUCCUUACUUGCAAGCGGUCAUAAAGGAAACACUAAGACUAUUCCCUGUAUUGCCCAUCAUCGGAAGAGAAUGCACAGAGGACUGCAAAAUCGGAGGCUAUGAUGUGAAGAAGAAAAGCAGGGUUCUGAUCAAUCUAUAUGCAAUCAUGAGGGACCCAGACUCAUGGGAGGACCCAGACAGCUUCCGGCCUGAGAGGUUCCUGAUGAAGUCCAGAGAGAACUUACAAAGACAAGAGGAAAUCAAGAAUCAAAGUAGUAAAUUCCUACCAUUUGGGGGAGGACGACGAGGCUGCCCAGGAGCAUCACACGCAUAUACCAUCAUGCACCUUACAGUUGCCUCAAUGGUUCAGUGCUUUGAUUGGGUCAAUGGAGAUAAUGGCUUAACAGAAGUCAGUUUGGAACAGGGAGCAGGAUUCAACCUGCGCAUGGCGCACCCACUACUUUGUUUUCCCAUACCUGUAGCCAAAUUACAGCCACUCAUCCCUACAGUGCUAUAAAAUACAUAUAUCCUUGCCCUUUUUUUUAUUUACUUGCACCCUUUAUACCAACGUAGGCAAAUAUGGAUAGAGAGCCCAUUAUUUUAUGUUAAAUAAAAAAGACUUGGUUUGGCCAUUGUAUUCGUUUUAUGUCAAAUGAUUGCUUUAAAUCAAACGACUUUUAGGCUGCAUUUGGCAUUCCUUA